UAAGUUCUUUUUCUAUAAACAUUUGGAAAUAACACGCAGGACAGAAAUGGAUGAAAAUGGUAAGAAGAAACCAGCAUCAAAGCCAAGACCUCUAGCUUGCAUGGAGGUUUUACAUGUACUUAAGCAUCAUCUUACUGACUUAUAUCCUUCCAAGUGUGGUGUCAGUUACAACCUAAACAUUCUUUGUCCAGUUUGCUUAGUUGGUUCGAACCAGGGAAAGCACCAUUUUCAAAGUUUAGAUUAUUGCUUAAAGUACGAUUCCGUUCCAUGCGGAACAAAAGUAAUGUCAACAGCUGGAAUACGGUCCUUGUUUCAAGCAGAUUUGAGCUUCAGCAAGGCAAUCAGAAACUUCUACGCACUUCAGUCAUUAACCAUUGACUUGGGAACAGAACUAAUGCGAAAGUAUUUCAUGAAGAAGGGUCAACUGAGAGGCAAACACGAGGUUGGGAGAUUUUUGUUAUGGCAAAGACAAAAUGGCGUAUUAAGGGGUGUAGAUUAUGGAGACCAAGGAACAAAAAUCUUCACAGCCGAUGCCAACAUUGACACGUUUGAUAUUGCCCUUCUGAUGUCCUUGAUACAUCACUGCUUUAGUCUUAAAGGCGAUGCAUCCUGGGAGCAUCCACCUGAUGAUAAAGACACAUCCGAACUCGCUAAUCUGAGACGCAUUCAACUCUAUAAAGAAACUAAUCUAGACUGCAGCCACAGCAACCAAGUCCCAGAUGUGGAGUUUGAAAAGCAAUGGAAGGAACUUUCAACAAUCUUUGGCGGUGUCGGGGUUUCCACUGAAGUUGUUCAGAAAUACCGCAACCUGUGUACAGAACGGCCAAUGAGAGGGUUUGAGCAAGAAAAAGUUGAAGAAAUAAGAAAUUUCCAAGUUAUUCUAUCGGUUGUCGUUGAUGUCGGCACUGCAACAAUGAGAGAGUACUUUUUGGAGGUUGCUAAUCAAGGAAAGACAAUGCAGAACAAGGGCGCGAAAUUAAACAAGAAAGAUGUUGGACAAUAUCUAAUGACAGAGAACAGGAAAGGUAGCUUAAAAAAUGUAAAGAUUUUUCCAGAACAGAGCAAAAAAAUGUUUACACCAACUGCUGACAUUGAGACUUUCGAUAUUUCUAUUAUGUAUUUAAUAAUACGUAACUGCUGCUGUAGCAUUCCAUACUCAUUUUGGAAGAACCCAGAUAGACUGACUAACCUGGUGCACAUCCAUGACUACAGGAACACGAAGCUUGCACAUUCUCCCGACAGCAGAAUGUCAACUAAAGACUUUGAAAUCGAAUGGAAUAAAGUGAGGUCAAUGUUGCACGCUGCGGGGGCUUCUUUCAACGAUAUUGACAAAUAUAAGGCGCUUAAAUUUAUAAAUUAGAAAGUAUGAAUUAGCAAAAAAGCAUAACGUAGACAUCUAAUACACUCAACAACGUCAUCACAGCAGAUCUAUAUCUAGUCUUACUUUUCAAUAAGAUGCAUUGCAUAUACCUCAGAUGUCAAGAAAUAGCUGCCUAUUACAAUGUUGUAGUUGGUGGUAUUACCGUGGGAAAACUGAUCGGAGUUGCUGCAGAGGCGGCGCCAAGUUGAGCAAGGAACGUAGGCCCAAUAAGUGCAUCAUAUUGAUAACAGUUACGGUAUAUAUUUAGCCAAAGAACACCUGGUAAAAUUGUCAAUGAUGCUGUACGUAUUUUGUCAAGUUUCAAAAUUAGAUACCGUACAUACAGUAGUUAAGCAGUUUUUUUUAGCUGAAUUUAAAUUAUAGGCCUAGAUAUCAUAAGAAGUAAGGUUUUUACCACUAUAUUUGGCAAGGCGAGGGAUCGGUCAGAUGUUGGAAGCAAGUAUUGAGAUAAACAAUCCAGUAAAAUUACCUAAUAAAAAUAUUUAUUCAAUUCUGAAGGAAUCAAAAUCAGUAACAAUACAUCAGUCAGUAACCAGCAAUAUAGCAUAUAAGGUAAUCAGGAAACCUUUAUCAUAAAAUGUACAAGAUAUAUUAAAACCAUUAAAUAAAUGGCAUCACUGAAUACAGUAAAUCAUAAAUUGUAGCUUAUCAGAAUCAUAUUUAAGUUAAAACCAGAAUCAAAUGUGAAGUUAUAUAAUAUAAUUCUCAAUUAUAAAUCUAAUACAGUAAAAUAAGUUAAAAGCAUUGAAAUAUUCAGCAUAGAUCUAAAUGAGUGUUGUAAUUAAGGUAACAUCAAUGCAUAUUAUAAACCCAAACUUAUUCAGUAAAUUAUAGUAAUUCAGAGAGACUAAAUAAUGACAGUAACAUAUCAAAUCAUAGACCAUGAACUUACAACUUAUCUCCCCAACUACACAUCAAUUCAGUACAGCACAUCAGUUAAUACAGUAAAGUACGUCAGUUUACAGUAAUUACACCAAUAAUAUAUUCUGAAUCAAAUGGAAUAAGAUACAGUAAGCCGGUUUUUCACUAGGCGAAUUUAUUCUUGCGAAUCAAAGCCUCGGUUCGCUUCCUCAGCUCUGAUUGGUUGCGCAUUUUUUCGCUUCGCAAAAACUCCGAAGGAAAUGCGAAUGCGCAUGCGCACAGACCGACGCUUUCGGUUCGCGCGAAAAAAAUCGCCUAGUGGAAAACAGGAAAGAAUAUAUAAUUAGUAUUAACGCCCUUUAUGUUUACAAUUGGUGAUAGAAAAUUUACGCCCUCAAAAAUAAUAGUUUCUCAUCGAAACAAUAUUAAUGUGUAAAUAAUUAAAGUAACUAUCUAUUGUGCCGAUGUACAAUGAUUACUUUGAAAAUAAUUAUAAAAAACAGUUUUUUCUAACCAUCAUUUAAUAUUGAAAUUUAGUUUUUGCUAUUAUUUACGAUUAAAACUAUUUUUCCAUAAUGGUAAUUACUAUUUCCCUAAUUUGUAUGAAGUUAUUUGUUUAACUCAAAGAGUCACUGUAGAAUGGUCAAUCAUCAUCUUGGUUGGAUGUUGUAAACUUGGCAUACCACAAGGCAGUGUUUGGGGCCUCUUCUUUUUGUUUUUUAUAUUAACGACUUACCAGGAUGUGUUAAUUCAGAGGUUUUCCUUUUUGCUGAUGACACCAAACUAUAUCGAGAUGUAUCUGGAUUUAGGGAUCAUUUACAAUUGCAAAGCGAUCUUGAGAGUUUGAUGAAAUGGGUUACUCUGAUAGGCUCCGUAUAUUAAAUUUACCUUACAGAAGAUAUAGAGGCGAUAUGAGUGAGACAUUAAAAAUUCUAAAUAAUUUUUAUGAUAGUUCUGUCUUUAAUUUUUUUACAAUUAAAUGUAUCAGACAGAACUCGUGGACACUCUUUUAAGCUGCUAAAGCAACUUUCCCGUGCGGACUUAAGAAGGUUUUCCUUUGGCAAUCGCAUUGUAGAAAAGUGGAAUGCACUCCCAAAUGAAGUUUUAACAGCUCCCUCUCUCUAUGCGUUAGAGAAUAGAGUAGGUAAAUUCUGGAAGGACCAACCAGUUUUUGACCAUAAAACAAGCAUCGAGAAUUCCAGGAUCAACAAAUUUGGAUCUGGACAUAGAGGACUAGUCCUGUGUCCAGUAGGCCUACAUCACCAAAGUAAACCUAAGUUGUUGUAUAUUGCAUUUUUUGGUCGUUGCAGGACCAUAUUCUAAAUCAGCUAUAACAUCUCGUUGUACGUGGAUGUUCAUCUUGCAUAUUGUUUUAAAUAAAAACAAAAAAUAAAUAUAAUACAAUUUUCACGUUUUUGGUAGACCCUCAGAGAACACGUGUUUUCAUUUUUUUUUAAUAGUAGUAUAAUGCAUUUAUGUCCAAGAAAUAUAAAGGGGACAUUUUGUGAGUCCACACCCACCUCAGGCCCACCAUGGUUGGGCCUGAGGUUCGAAAAUCUUAGGAAAUAGCUGUAGAUGAUCGGAAAUGACACUAUAAAAAUUCGUCAUCACAUCACCUUUAUAUAGUCAAGUGACGUUUUACAAGCGAUUUGCAGCAACCAAAUUAAUUAAUGUGAUGUACUUAAAACUUAGAAACAUUGUCUUUGAUGUAUUUAUUUUUGGCCUAUCUACUUCACAGC